GUACAAGAUGAAAGUGGUGUUGACAGUGUUAUCGAACACGUCGCCUCAGUGGUGGAGAGCCCCACGCCUGUGACGAACACGAUCGACUCGGCCCUCCCUGACGCACCAACUGUCCAAGUGGAGGUACUGCGUCGCCGUCGAACCUCGUAG